CUACACACACAGGCUAGGGAGAGGACCUCACAGCUCUCCUUCUGCAGGAUGCCAGUGACUCAUGACUCUCCAUAGUUGGGGUGUGCGAUCCAGUUCCGGACACAAGACAUCUGGCAGGAGGACCGGCUCUGGUCUUCUCAGCAGGAGGUCACAGCUCUGAAUGGGGACCUCUUCAUCUGGAAACUUGGGAGGAGUUUAAGAGAGACCAGCCAGAGCCUCUCUGCUCUCCUGACUCUGGACCGCAAUACAGGUGGACAAGCAGCCUCAUCGACUGACUCCUGUAAUACGUGUGUGUGAUGAAGGACGCUGAGGAGGCAUACCUGUACCUGACUGGAGAGGGUUAGGGGACAGGGAGAGGAGAGAAAGAGAGAGAGAGGGACAGGGGGAAAGAGACAGCGCACGAGAGAGAGAAAGAGAGAAGCAUUCAAAAGAGCAGAGAAGGAGGGUGGAGAGAAGGAGUCCAUCUGGACUGUGGGAGUAGAGACUACGGGCUUCUGGAGCCUGGGACAGCCCCUCUGAUCCUGGGGAGCACACGGGCUGGGAGACGCUGGAGCCGUGAGGAUCCAUGAUCAGUCAUAAUGGGGCCACAAAUAUACCUAUUAAAACAUUACUCACUGUAAUGGACUAAAACUGUAGCAAUAUGGAUAUCAAGGGCCUUCAGAACUCCACAUUUGAAGGCAACACUUCGUACUCCCAGCCCAUCACACACAGUCUUUGGGAGGUCAUCACCAUAGCAACAGUUUCAGCCAUUGUGAGUCUCAUAACUGUGGUGGGAAAUGUGCUUGUGAUGUUGUCGUUUAAGGUGAACAGCCAGCUAAAGACUGUGAACAACUACUACUUACUGAGCCUGGCCUUUGCUGACCUCAUCAUCGGGGUGUUUUCUAUGAACUUGUAUACAUCCUACAUACUGAUGGGUUAUUGGGCCCUGGGGAACCUAGCAUGUGAUCUUUGGUUAGCAUUGGAUUAUGUGGCCAGCAAUGCAUCCGUCAUGAAUCUGUUGGUCAUCAGCUUUGACAGGUACUUCUCUAUCACAAGGCCCCUGACAUACAGGGCCAAAAGGACCCCGAAACGUGCCGCCAUCAUGAUUGGUCUGGCAUGGCUGGUGUCAUUCAUUCUAUGGGCACCGCCCAUCCUGUGCUGGCAGUACCUAAUUGGUAAAAGGACAGUUCCGGCGAACCAGUGCCAGAUCCAGUUUUUCUCAGAGCCGGUGAUCACAUUCGGCACAGCCAUCGCCGCUUUCUACAUCCCUGUGUCGGUGAUGACUAUUCUUUACUGUCGGAUCUACAAAGAGACAGAGAGGCGCACCAGGGAUCUGGCAGAACUCCAGGGCCUCACGUCCUCCGAGAACCCCGAAGGUACCAAGCCUCCGAAAACAACCAUCCGCUCCUGCUUCAGCUUCACCAGCGAGCGCAGAGACAGGAACCAAGCCUCCUGGUCUUCCUCCAACCAGAGCAAUGCCACCAAGACCACCACGCGCUCCGACAAUGCCUGGGUCAAAGUGGACCAGAUCACCUCCUUCAACAGCUACUCCUCGUCGGGGGAGGAGGAGGAGGAAGAGGAGGAGCAGCCAGUUUCCACGGCAACGUCUCAGGGGUCGUUCAAAGGGCCGGGUCGAGGGCAAGGGCCGGCAGAGGAGGGGCCGGUAGCAGGUUACAGCGAGAAAGGGUAUUUCACCAGCCCUGAAAAGAAGGGAAGCACCAAGAAGGGAAUCUCUUACAAGUUUAAACCCAAAGCACAAGGGAGCAGCCUGGCAAAAGAAUUAAAGAGAGACACCAAAACUCCACCGCUGUGUGCCUCAGAACCUGAUCAGCCAGUCCGCAAAUCCUUCUCAACCACCCCCAAACCCAUGGACCCGACCCUGAAGAGCCAAAUAACUAAGAGGAAGAGGAUGGUGCUGAUCAAGGAGAAGAAGGCUGCACAGACUCUCAGUGCCAUUCUCCUCACCUUCAUCCUGACGUGGACGCCCUACAACAUCAUGGUGCUGAUCUCCACCUUCUGUUCCGACUGCAUCCCCAUCUCCCUGUGGCACUUGGGCUACUGGCUGUGCUACGUCAACAGCACCAUCAACCCCAUGUGCUACGCGCUCUGCAACAAGACCUUCCAGAAGACUUUCCGCAUGCUGCUACUGUGCCAGUGGAGGAGGAAGAGAGGGGAGGACAAACUCUACUGGUGUGGACAAAACCCAGUCAUCAGCAACAGCAAAAUAACAUGACGGGUUAUCCAUAUAACAUGUAAGAUCUUUGGGAUAAGACAGUUGUUCAGCAGAUCUCCUUUCAAAGUGACUCCCAGGUUUUCAGAUUUGAUCAAUUGAGACUCAACAGAGGACAGUAUUUGGAUAAUGUGGGUAUGACGUCAAUGAUGUUGUUUGCUAGUGCUACGUGCCAGCCAAGGGGUCAAUGUCAACAUGCACUUGUAAAUGGAAAUUACAAAUGAAUUGUGAAUGCAUCCAUUAAGUGCUUUCAUGAAUUUUUUGUAGAUUGCACCUACAAUCUCAAUUUACGAACCUCACAGAAAGGUCUCACAACAACUGUUUUGUGUAGAAAACAAACAUUUAGGUACUGUACAGUAUAUACCAUUCAGAGUGUGCUGUUUGUUGUUCAGUGUUGAUUAUGUAUUUUUAUACUAGACAUAGCUGAACAGUCGAUUUCAGGCCAUUGUAAUUAUAGACAUUUUGUGAAUGUUGUACUGAUAUUUCAGAUUUAAAGAUAACAUUUAGACUUGCUAUAUAAUUUAUAAGAGACAGAAUCAAAUUGUAUUUAAGGGCUACCCAAUGAUGUUUACAGUGGUGGUUUUAAUUACACUGGGUAAGUGACAAUCCUGUAUACAACCCACCUUCUAUCAGGGAAUAAACGGGAUAACCAUCAAUAUGAUUAGGCUACAGCUGUUUAGUGAAGAGAAAAUACAAUCUGUACAGUUUUUGAAACUAAUUGUAAUUGAUUUAAUUGAUUGGGACUGGUCUAUUUAUAUCACAAUGGUGAUUGGUUGACAUGUGACUCUGUACUACCCGUCUCUGACUUGAGUUUCUAAGGUGAAGCUUACAAGCUUGUCAAAAUGCUGGUAUUGCCACAUGCCGGUAUUAACCACUUUUGUCCUGGUGCCUUUGUUUUGCUCAGAGGACAGACUGCAUUGUCCAUUCAUUUGUGUUGGUGACCUUGAUCUUGCGUAUAGUAAUGUGCAUGUUAAUCUAUAUUUAUGAGCCUACCUGUUAAAUAUAAACAUCAAAACAUCAAUA